AUGUCCAGAAGACUGUCAGCAGAUUUCACUCCUUUUGCAGAUCAAUCUUGGGAGCAUAGAACAAGUUAUGAUUCCACAAAUAUAUGGGCUCCAGUUGAAAAUACAUGGACUAUGAGUCCUCGUCGUCAUCUGUAUGGCGACGUGUACCCAAUGCAAAUCCAUAACUUGCAACAUCCACUGCAAAUGGUUCCAAAUUAUCAGCAGCAACCACAGGGGUUUCAACAAGGCGGCCUCCAAAGCCUUGCACUGAGUCUUCCCGAAGGCCCAAACCAGGUCCGUGGUCUUCAGUUGAUGACCGGACAGUUGCAAUUAAAUCUCCCGAGCCAAAUACAAAAUCAAAACCCUCCAAACCUACAAACCACCCAAUUUCAAAGUCCCCAUAAUUAUCAAUUACAAAACCAUAAUGUCCAACCUGUGGCUCCGAGCUUGACAAAUCACCAGAGUGUUCCCAGUGUUUCCAGCACUCACAAAGGCUCACACAAGGACUCCGAUUUGAUGGCAAAACUUGCAAUGGUCGAUGACUACUUCAUGGUGGACCACCACCAGCGAGUACAAGUCACCGUAGACCUUUUGAACAAACGUUUCUUCCAGGAAGAACAGUUCCUCUCCGACGCCUACCAGCUCCCCAAGUUUCCCAUCGAACACAAUCUUCGAACUCAGCAGUUGAUACUUGUUGCUUUCAAGGCGGGCCGCAUCGAUGUGUUUUACUUGCCGUCCGACGUUGCCUCGAUCAACGUGGGUGAUAUUGUGAUUGUGGAGGCUGAUAGGGGUCACGAUCUUGGAAAGGUGGUCAAAAAGGAUAUUUCUAUUGACGAGGCUCGUCUACUUAAAUUGUUGCAAUUUCAAGAACAGCAAUCUGCACUUUCAGAUCACGAUAUGAACAGUAUUCUGGUCAAGAACUUGCACCACCACAGUCCCGGUCAGCAACAAAACCAAACUCCACACACGCUUCAUUUCCCCAAACCAGUGAUUGGGUUGGCCCAACAAAGCGAAAUUCUUCAAAUCUUAAACAAGAAACAAGAUGAAGAAAAAGCUUGUCGUCUUUGUCUCGCCAAAAUCGCCAAUACCACCGCGGGCCAUUCGUCGGGACUCGGUAACGUAAACACUUCCGAUCUCCUUCAAAUGGCAUUGGUGGAUGCAGAAUAUCAGUACGACCGCAAGAAGUUGAUCUUCUACUACUCUACAACCAAAAGAAUUGAUUUCCGCGAUUUGGUAAGAGAGCUCUUUAGAAUCUACAAAACACGGAUCUGGAUGUGUGCUGUGAUUGGGCACCCCUACGCCAACCAACCCACUACAAAGAAGAGCCCUCUCUCGACAAGUCCAUUGAUGGCUUCAGCAUCACUGUUCCUGGCCCCAAGAGCUCUGAAUCUACACGGCCAACAAGCCAAGGAAAGACACAACAGUUGGUCAUAUCCUACACCCGAAUUUCCUGCCACAAUCUCGGGAUUUGGACAGUACAAUUCGCAGCCAAGCCCACAGAUGAACACCCAUGUUCCGCGGCGGUUUCCGCGCCAGGAUCACGACAGCUCAAAAUCGAACGCUGAGUCUUUCGUUUUAAAGUCACUCGUUGAUUCAAUUAACCACUAG